GCGCGGGAUUUGGGGGCGCGCGGGAAUUCCUCCCCUCGGCUCAAAGUUUCUGGCGUUGGCAGCUCGGCGCUCACUUAGCGGCAGGCUGGGAGGGCGCGCUCAUCCCCGCCGUGCUCCCGGGCGAGGAGGAGGAGGAGGAGGAAGGGGGCCCCGACCCCCUCCCAUCCCAUUGCCAUGCUAAUGCCCGGGCCGCAGCGGGAGCGGCUGCGGCGGGCGCUUUCCCCUCCGCGCUGCUGAUUGGGCCGCGGACGGCGCGGGAGCGCGGCGCUCGCCUCCUCGGGCGCGGAGCAGUCGAGCAUUAAGCUUUUAAUUGAGGGAUAAGUGCAUCGGCCCCGGCACGGGGGCAUCGGCUGCCGCGCCGGCUUCGGAGCAGGCGGCUGCGCGAGCCGGGCGCCCGCGGCGGGGAGAAAGCGGCGGCGCGGAGACGAGGCGGCCGCAUCCAAAAUGCUCCUCGGUCCGUCCGGGCACAGCAGCCCCCUCUUAGCCUCGCUGCCGAUUCCCGGCCGUCCCCUCCAUCCCCCCUUGGACAUCAAGCACUUCCUGACCUUCCGGCUCAACGGGACGUCGCCGCUCAACCUCUUCCCCAACUUCAACACGAUGGACCCGGUGCAGAAGGCGGUGAUCAGCCACACCUUCGGCGUGCCGGCCCCGCUCAAGAAGAAGCAGUUCAUCUCCUGCAACAUCUGCCACCUGCGCUUCAACUCGGCAAACCAGGCGGAAGCCCACUACAAGGGCCACAAGCACGCCCGGCGGCUGAAGGCCAUCGAGGCCAUGAAGAGCAAGCAGAGGGCGGCAGCGGCGGGCGGCCGGGACAAGGCGGGCGACUUCCCGGCGGCGCUGGAGGGCGGCGGGGACGGCGGCAGCGCAGCUCCCGCCGGCGGCCUCCAGGACGCGGAGGGCGAGAGCAGCGGCCCGGCGCCCAGCCCGGCGACGUCCCCCGCGGAGCUGCCGGGCCCCGUCCCGCCGCCGGGCUCCCCGCCGGCCUCGGAGCUGUCGGAGGGCGGCUCGGACGCCGCCAGCGUGGCCUCCCCGGCCGUGCCGGGCACCGAGGCGCGGGCGGCUGAGCCGGGCGGCAGCGUCGCCUCGGCCCCGGACGGCGGCGAGAAGGAGGGCAAGAAGAGCAAGCAGCACCUCUACUGCCCCACCUGCAAGGUGACCGUCAACUCCCUGUCCCAGCUGGAGGCUCACAACACGGGGGCCAAGCACAAGUCGAUGCUGGAGGGUCACAGCACCCAGGUGCGGCGAGGCCGCGGCAAGCUGCUCUCCCGGGCGGGGCACAAGGCCAAGCGGAUCGGCAACAAGGGCAGCAUCAACAUCCAGAAUAAGGCGUUUCACUGCCAAGUGUGCGAGAUCUACGUGAACUCGGAGACGCAGCUCAAGCAGCACAUGAGCAGCCGGCGGCACAAAGACCGGCUGGCGGGGAAGCCGCCCAAGCCCAAGUACAGCCCCUACAACAAGCUGCAGAAGAACGCGGCCCUCGCGUCCAAGCUGGCUUUGCAGAAGCACCUCACCAAGACGCUGGCGACCCGCUUCCUCCCGAGCCCGCUCGCCGCCGCCGCCGUGUGCGCCAUGCCCGGGCCCCUGGCCCUGCGGCCGGCCGCCGCCACCCUCUUCCAAGCCCCCCUGCUCGGACCAGCCCUCUUCCGGACGCCGCCGGCCCAUGUCCGCGCCACGCCGGGCCCCAUCGUCUUCGCGCCCUACUAGCGCUGCCGGCCGCUCCGGACCCGGCCGCGGCGACGCUCCGGCCGCCGGGAAACUGUAGUCGUAGGCGUCCACCCGGCUUCUCCCUGCUUCGAGCGGGCUCCGGCUGGAGCGAGCGGUGCCGUGGUGGGCAGAGCAUCCCGCCCGGCUCUCCGGGACCCCGCUGCGGCUGCCGCCGUUUCCCGCUCGCCUCCUCCCGGGCGCCGGGCUGGAAGGAGAGGAGCCGGCCGUCCCCGGGGAUCCCUGCGGCCGGCCGCCCCCGGAGCUGCGAGCGGAGCCUCCGUCCGGCCCUGCGGGGGGGAAACGUCCCCAGCACAAGAAGAAACCGGCGUUUCCCCGGCCGGUUUCACCAGCACGGCCGCGCCACCCCCUCGCCAGAGCCAUCGGCAGAGCCGGCCCCCGCGCCGCUGCCCUCCGAAAGCCCCGCGCCCCGGCGGCGCCAGCACGGUGGGGACCAGACGCCUGGUCCUCCUGCCAGCGGCGGGGACCCCCGCCCGCAGCCCCGUCCCACCGCCGCGUGCGGGGGUGACCCUGCCCCUACCUCCCGGUGACGCCGUGAGGCUCCGGACGUCCCUCGAGCGCUCACGGUCCCCCGCCGCGAGGUGCCAUCGCUGCUGCCGAGCCGGCCGCCACGUGCGGUCGUCCCGUCCCCCCCGUCCCGUCCCGUCCCGUCGUCUUCACUGUGCUCAAGACCCAGCGACGGCCCGGGCUGGAAACGGCACCCGCGGCGCUGCGGGGUCCCGUCGCGCUGCUGUGAACAGGGACACGCAGGAAAGUCGCCACCCGAGUGGACCUCACGCUGGAGCGACGACCCGCCCCAAUCUAUGCAAUCCCGUGGGAGCAGCUCGCCCGGGGGUCUGCCGGCUGCGGUUCCCCUCGGUGCUCGUGCCGUCCGUGCAGCCGGAGCGCUGCCUGGAGCAGAAAGGAGCUGAAACACUUGGAUCCGUGCAGACGGUUCCCUCCAGAGCCGCUUCCCCUCCCCAGCCCGGGUGCUGGCUCGAAGACGCCCCGCUGCGUCCCCAGCCCGUACGCAAUUCGCCUCGGGAAGAGGCUGGUGGGUCUGUGCCGCUGCGGUGGGCGAGCGCCCGCUCCCCGGGCUGCUCCGCGAGCAAGGCAGCAUCUCGGGAGGGUUUUGCCCGGUGUGCGCUACCAAUGCUCAGGACAGGAUUGCGGCAACGCAACGGGAGGCGAACCGGGAGCUGCCGCCGGGUGACUCGCGUGGCCGAAGCCGUCUGCUUCCUCGGCGUCUGCGGGGAGCCCGGAGCCGCGGCGAUGGUAGGUGAUGCCGCGGCGAUGGUAGGUGAUGCCGCGCCGAGGGAGCCCAGGCCGCCCGGAGCCGCGCGCCUGCUGCUCGCGGGAGGGUCCCGCUUGGCCAAGCCAUGGGCAGUGCUGACCUGCGCUGCUGCGCUCAGGUGCUGCCCUGCGCGAGGGAGCCCCUGGUACGGAUUUACUGCUCAGGGCAUCUCCCGGCCACCACGGAGGUGGAGGGAAGUGGGGUGGGGGCAGCAGGAGAGGGGGCGAGAGCUUGUGCGGAAGGAGGGGGGACUAGAGAUAACCGAAUGGUCGGGGGUGGUGGGAGACGUUCCCGAGGGACAGAAGGCUCCCAGCGGCGGUGGAUGUGACCGGGAUAGCGAGGUGGUCGCCGUGUCCCGGGGGAGUCUGCGCUGGCUGGGCCCCGCAGGCAGCGGGAGGGACGCAGCUCUGCCAGUGUCUUAAGGCCAAGCAGCCCGUGGGUCACCCCCGCUGCAGCCCUCGCGCUGCUCCUGGCAGCCUCUGCCCCACGCGUCUCGCCGUGCCCUUCUCCGCGCUGCCGCCCGGUCAGCCUGGCCCCCCCCCCCGAGGAGGGCGACUCGUCCCCUCCUGCACGCACGCGCCAGCCCCAGGAGCGCGGGGAGCCGGGGAGCGGGCAGCCGUGGCCAUGCUCCAGCCUGCAGGAGCCGGCAGGCCCCGGGGGUUGUUCCCCUGCGUUUUGUUCUAAAAAGCCUUCGCUGGAGCCAGCGGUAGCUGCUCCCACCACCCCUCCGUCAGUGGAGUCCUACUACACUCCUACACUUGGCACUUUAACCCCGUGAAAGCCAUUCCUUCUAAUAACAAUAAUACUGCAACGAGCUGCGUAAGAGCAGCCCCUCUGCUGCCGCCCCGCCGCCGCCAGCGAGCCCCUCCCUGCUCCUGUGCUAUCCAAAGCAUUGACUGCCUUUGACUUAGCGUCUGCUGUACUAGGUAGUAGGGCAUAGUCCAUAGCGCUCAAUAACGUGUGCCCCUCUGUAAAUAACCUCGGAGUGAUGUGAACACAGUUUGAGUCCAAAAAAAGAAAUAAAUAAAGAACCCAGAAAAAUGCCAUAAACAGACUCUAGGGACUUGGCCAGUACCCCUCCUGUAAUGUUCACUGUAUAUUUUUUGAUGUACUAUAACUGUUGGGAAAAAAAAAAAGGAAAAUAUUUUGAUAAUCAAAUCUCAUCGCUUUAUUGUGUUACUCAGUAAAUAAAAGGAACAAGUAUAAACAA